AUGUAUUUCCGGAAUCUUCUCGUUUCCCUGUUCUUUGUCUUCGCCGUUGGCUUUGCCCUGGUUCAAGCCCAAGAGGCCAAGGAGCCUCGCGGCCCUAAGAUUACCAGCAAGGUCUACUUUGACAUUCAGCAUGGAGACGAACCCCUCGGUCGCAUUGUGAUGGGCUUGUACGGCAAGACCGUCCCUGAGACCGCUGAGAACUUCCGCGCUUUGGCUACUGGCGAGAAGGGCUUUGGCUACCAGGACUCUACCUUCCACCGUGUUAUCAAAGACUUCAUGAUCCAGGGUGGUGACUUCACCAAGGGCGAUGGCACCGGCGGAAAGUCGAUCUACGGCAACAAGUUCAAGGAUGAGAACUUCAAGCUGCGUCACACCAAGAAGGGCCAGCUGAGCAUGGCCAACGCCGGCAAGGACACUAACGGCUCUCAAUUCUUCAUCACCACCGCUAUCACCUCUUGGCUCGAUGGCCGCCAUGUCGUCUUCGGCGAGGUCCUUGAGGGCUAUGAGGUUGUCGACAAGAUCCAAAACGUUCCCAAGGGAUCCGGCGACAGGCCCAAGCUAGCGGUCAAGAUUGUGAAGAGCGGCGAGCUCGAGCUUGAGCCCGAGACCGAGGAAAAAGAAAAACUACACUUUCAACCGCAAAAAUGGCCGACGGGUAACGCCCCUGUUGGCCGUGCUGCCUACAUUCCUCCUCACCUUCGCCAGCGUGGUCCCGGUUCUGGUCCCGCUCCCGCCCCCAGUGCUAACGCUGAGGCUGCUCCUUCUGGACCUGGCUUCGGUGGUCCUCGUGACGCCGGUGCCAACUGGGCUAAUGCUAGCGCUCCCAACUUCAGCCCUCGUGGCCCCGCGAACGGAUCCUCUUAUGGUGGUGCUAGCGGUGGUGGCAGCAGCGGCGGCUACAGCGGUGGUGGCGGUUCUCAGCAAUCCCGUGGUGGCUCAGGCGAUGGCCAGUGGCGCGACGGCAAGCACGUUCCCGGUCCUGCCAAUGCUCGCCUGGAGCGCGAGCUGUUCGGAGUGCCAAACGACCCCACUAAGCAGCAGACUGGAAUCAAUUUCUCCAACUACGAUGAUAUCCCCGUUGAGGCCUCCGGAAACGAUGUCCCAGAGCCUGUUACCCAGUUCACUAACCCUCCCCUGGACGACCACCUGAUUGCCAACAUCAAGCUUGCCAGCUAUGUCAUUCCUACUCCCGUUCAGAAGUACUCGGUCCCCAUCGUCAUGAACGGACGUGAUCUUAUGGCUUGUGCCCAGACUGGUUCCGGAAAGACUGGUGGAUUCCUUUUCCCUAUCCUCUCUCAAGCUUUCCAGAACGGUCCUUCUGCUGCCCCUACCCAGGGUGGCGGUGGUGGUCAAUUCAGCUACGGCCGCCAGCGUAAGGCUUACCCCACCUCCCUCAUCCUUGCUCCCACUCGUGAGCUGGUCUCUCAGAUCUUCGAGGAGGCCCGCAAGUUCGCCUACCGCUCAUGGGUUCGCCCCUGCGUCGUGUACGGUGGUGCAGACAUCGGCUCUCAGCUUCGUCAGAUCGAGCGUGGUUGCGAUCUUCUCGUUGCUACCCCCGGUCGUCUGGUUGAUUUGAUUGAGCGUGGACGUAUCUCCCUGGCUAACAUCAAGUAUCUCGUUCUUGACGAGGCUGAUCGCAUGCUGGACAUGGGUUUCGAGCCCCAGAUUCGCCGUAUCGUCGAGGGUGAGGAUAUGCCCGGUGUCGACGAUCGCCAGACACUCAUGUUCUCGGCCACCUUCCCCCGCGAUAUUCAAAUGCUUGCUCGCGAUUUCCUCAAGGACUACAUUUUCUUGUCCGUUGGUCGUGUCGGAAGUACUUCGGAGAACAUCACUCAAAAGGUCGAGUAUGUCGAGGAUGCUGACAAGCGCUCCGUCCUGCUCGAUAUUCUUCACACUCACGGCAGCACUGGUUUGACCCUCAUCUUCGUUGAAACCAAGCGCAUGGCCGACUCGCUCUCUGAUUUCCUGAUUAACCAGCGCUUCCCUGCGACCGCCAUUCACGGUGACCGCACCCAGCGCGAGCGUGAGCGUGCUCUGGAGCUCUUCCGUAACGGUCGCUGCCCUAUUCUGGUUGCUACUGCCGUUGCUGCUCGUGGUCUCGAUAUUCCAAACGUCACCCACGUCAUCAACUACGAUCUCCCCACUGACAUUGAUGACUACGUUCACCGCAUCGGUCGUACUGGUCGUGCCGGUAACACCGGUAUCGCCACUGCUUUCUUCAACCGUGGCAACCGUGGUGUUGUCCGUGACUUGCUCGAGCUUCUCAAGGAGGCCCACCAGGAGGUUCCCGCUUUCCUGGAGAGCAUUGCCCGCGAAGGUAGCGGAUUCAGCGGUCGUGGCCGUGGUGGUGGUGGCCGUGGCCGUGGUGCUACUGCUACUCGUGAUGUGCGUCGUAUCCCUGGCGGCAUGGGUGGUGGCUUCGGCGGUGGCGGUGGCUAUGGUGGCUCUGGUGGUGCUGCCCCCUCCUACGGUAGCGGCUAUGGCGGUGCUGCUGCUCCCGCCUACGGCGGCAGCGGUGGUGGUGCUGGCUACGGUGGAGGUGGUGGUAGCUACGGCAACCCCUCCGGCUCCUCCGGCCCAUCUUCCUGGUGGUAA